AUGUCGGAGAAGCUGGACGCGACACAGGCGAGCUUAAAGACGGCGGAGGCCGACCUCGCCAACUUCAGGUCGCGGGUGAGCGAGCUCGAGCAGCGGCUGUCGAAGGAUCAGCGGACGCUGUUGUCGGCGGAGAACCAGUACCGUGACCAGCUCACGGAGCGGAACACGCUCCUGUUGACCAUUUACCAGUACCUGGACAAAAUACUGGGUGUGGACAAGACCGCGAAGAAAGGACAAGCCGAAACGAAGCCGUUUACCAACUUUGGCGUCUUCCACGAUAACUUGAUCAGCAGGCUCAAGGCCCUCAGCCAGAUUCAGAUCACCUUCGAGAAGCGCUGCAAGGAAGCGGAAGCGCGCUUCACUGAGAAGCUCACCGACAUGCGGAAGCAACUCGACCAAAGGUGGAAGCAGAUCGACAAGUUCGAGGCGAGCGUGAAGACGUUGGCGGACGCCAAGGCCACCUGGCGACGUAAGAUGAGCGCCAAGGAGGGAGAGAUGGACGGCCUCAAGGCCACCAUAUCCGACCUGCAGGCACAAAUUUCAGGGACUAAGAAACCUGGUCAGGUGGAUCAGAGCGAGCUGCGGUCUCUUCACAGCCGGGCGACUACCGCGGAGCGUAGGAUGAACGUCGCCCAGAACCAGCUCGCCGCCGCCGAGGAGAAACUCGCCUCCAUGAACCAGAAGACCCUAGUCGCCGACAAUAAGUGGGAGGCCAGGGUGAAGGAAUACGAGUCUCGCUUGAAGGCGGCCGAAGAGAAGGUGAAGCGCGAACGGCAAGGUGCUAAGGAGAUGCACCUGCAACUGGAGAACACGAUCAAGCGCCUUCAGCGGGAGAAGGAGCAUGCAGAUAAGCGUAAUCAGCAGCUUAACGAGAUGGUUGAGACGUACAAAUCGAACGUGCCGAAUUCAUGA